AUGACUAGACUGCAAGUCCUCCUGGAGAUGCACACCCCCGGUGUACUAUACCGACAAUCGUCCGUUCGGAAUAUCCGAGAAUUGACAGACAGACAUUCGGACGAUGCGGAGAAAGUCGGGGGUGACCCUUGCUUGGGCCCCCAAGGCACAGAUGCUUUAGCUUCCGGUUCAGCUCCCUCAAGUCCCAGGGAAGAAGAUGGAUCCAUCCCCCGUGAAGGCUGUACAGGUCGGGCGCGUGCGGUCCAGGAAUCACUGUCACUGAGCAUUGAAGACUGA